AUGCAUAAAACGACCUAUACGGAGGCACAUCAUCUUUUGGCAAAAUUCUGGAAGGAUUAUAACAAGAUUGUCGAGGGCGAGAAUAAAAAUAGUUUGGAGCAUAAUCUUUCGAAAUCAAAGCCAUUUGGGUUCUUGGAAAAGGCUUUAGCAGAACACAAAAGGAAAGUAAAGAACCAUGUAAAGGAGCUUGAGGAUCAUCACCAUAAAAAGAAUGUAGGGGAGCAUGUAAAGGAGAUUGAGGAUCAUCACAAAAAGAAUACAAACAAAGAACCUGAAAAGAGUACAAAGGAAGAUAAAGCGGAACCUUCUGAGAGAAAAGAGGAAGUGGAUGAUGAGAACACUCCAUUGCUUGGUAAAGAACAUGACAAUCAAGUUUCUGAGGUAGAAGAGAUAUUGGGAGAGGAAAAUGCUCCUUUGGCUGGUAAGGAGCAUGGGAGGGGUGAAAUAGCAGAAGGAAUCACGAAAGAAAUUGACAAUUUGGACAAACAUGUGAAGGAUCUACGUGAAAAGAAUGUCGAGGUUCACAAAUACAUAUCUUACCAUUCAUACUUUUACACAUUUUCAGGUCAAUCCGGACAAGAAAGUGUUUGUAUACAAGACUUAUAUUUACCGAAAAUAUUCGCUUGA